AUGUCCGUAGCCCAGUAUAAGGCUAAGUUUACUGAAUUGGCUAGAUUUGCUCCUCAUAUGGUUAACACAGAUUAUAAGAAGUCUCAAAAAUUCGAAGGGGGCUUAGACCUGGACGUAUAUGAUGGAAUAGGCGUAUUGAAAUUGCCUACUUAUGUGGAAGUACUUGAUAGGGCAUUGAUGGUAGAAGCCACACUAGCAGCAAAGAAACAGACUAAUGCUUCAACAACUGAAUGGAGAGGCAAAAGAUCUGGAUCCAAUUUUUGGAAGGGUCGCUCAUCCUUUAUAAGCAAAAGGCAAAAUACUAGAUCUUUAAGUAGUUCAAACCAAAGCAGUGGGUCUAUGCUAGUUUGUCCAGAAUGUGGAAGGAAGCAUAAAGGCACAUAA